AUGUUUUCGUCUUCUCAAGAUUGUUCUAAGAUUCUAAUGGGAGGACCAUAUAAGAUGUUUGAUCAUUAUCUAACUGUCCAAUCGUGGGAAUCAGGGUUCUAUCCUGCUAGAGACAAAGCCCCUAAAACAGUCGUGUGGGUCAAAUUACAUGGUGUCCCCAUUGUUUGCUUCUAUGAGGCAAUCUGUCUUUAUUUAGGCAAUAAAAUUGGCAAACAAAUUAAAGUGGACCCUACAACUCUCCUUACCAUUAGAAGAAAGUUUGUUAGAGUUUGUGUUGAGGUUGAUCUUAACCAACAGCUCCCUUCAUCUGUGGGUCUUGACUUAGAGGAUUUACCUCAGGCUUUAAUUCUAGUUGAAUAUGAAGGUCUACACAAAAUUUGCUUUCAUUGUGAGGAGUUUGGUCACACUGAAGAUAUUUGCCACUAUAAGAAUCUAGAAAAAGCUUCUCCAACAGUGAGUAAUCCUAGCUCCAAGGCUAUGAUUGAAUUAACACAAACUCUAAAACCAAAUUCUGAUGAGAACCCUAUGGUUUUUGGGCCAUGGAUGGUUCAGCAAUGGAGGUCCAAACGAUGGCAAUUGUCCCACGGACAAGCCAAGAUUGUUACUAAUUCUAUUCCGCAUGAUUCGACAUCCAAGAUUGUUGCCAAUUCUAUUUCACAUGAUUCGAGAAGUAAUUGGUUUGCCAUGUUAGUAGAGAAUACGGAGGAUGAUUUAGAUUUAUUGAAUUCAAAUAAAGAUCAUGAUAAUACACAGGCGGGAGUUUUGCCUCAGAAUCAAGACUUGGUGGGAUCCUCUGCAUCGAUGGACAUUGUUUCACCUAACCGGCCUCCUCCAUCCUCAACGGCUUUUGCUAAGCCCAAGCCCAAAAAGAGAAAGGCCAAAGUUGGGGGCCUAGUCCCUAAAGAUACUAAGCCUCCUACACCCAAGCCAUAUCAGCUUCCUUCAAUACUCAAGAAACAGCAAGAUCCAGCAAAUGCUGAGUUCAGAAACACAGGAUUGGAAAGGUCUGAGGGGCUGGCAAAGGAUUUGGAUUGGUUCAAAGAACAAGGUUAUGACAUUCCAGAACCAUCUUCUCCUGGGCGUAACUAUGCAGAGUAUCUCAAGGAAUUGUCAGAGAAGGAUCCUCAAGCAUUUAUAUGUCAUUUCUACAACAUAUAUUUUGCACACUCAGCUGGUGGUCGUAUGAUUGGGAAGAAGGUAGCCGAGGAGAUACUAAACAAAAAGGAGUUGGAAUUUUAUAAAUGGGAUGGGGAUCUAUCCCAGCUUUUGCAAAAUGUCAGGGACAAGUUGAAUAAGGUUGCUGAGAGAUGGACAAGAGAAGAGAAGAACCAUUGUUUGGAAGAAACUGAGAAGUCAUUCAAGUAUUCAGGAGAGAUCCUCCGACUAAUAUUGUCAUAACGCUUGUAAUUGCCAUGUGAUACUGUUAGUGGCACAAGCUAAAAUGCCAUCUCAAUUAUAAUGCUUUUCCUUUUCCUUGUAACUACCAAUUUCCUUGAAACAUUUGAUUGCUUCACCAUCUGUAAUCAGAACUCAUUCAAGGAUUUGAAUAAAUCACAGAUAUUAUA